CACAAACGCGCAACUCAACCAUAAAAUGUCAAACCACAAUGCAUAUUAUACAACUGGCUCCUUUCUAGUACUCCUUAAUUAUAUAUAUAAUAAUAUAAGAAUCUUCCAUAUGUAUACUCUAAUAAUUAAAAAUUCUCUUUGUUAAUUAAUUAUACUACUUUUUUCAAUGAACUAGACUCAUUCUUUCACAUUAUAGUAUUUUCAAAGAGUUGGUUUCUAUUUUUAAAAAUGAAAUUUAAAUAAAUAAAUGUUUACAACCACCACCACCUUAAUAACAACCAUUGUAAUUAGUUGUAAACGCAUCUUUAAAAAUAUCUCAUAUAUAGCUGAUCUGAUCUCAUAUUAAUAUUGCAAAGAGACCAAGUCCAUCCAUAUGUGAUAUAUACAUUUCUAUUUAUCACCACCACGUAAUACUAUCAUUUCAUCUCUCUGGCUGUUUAUAUCAAACACAUCUAAUCCCUUCAAAUAUAACCACAUAUAUCCCAAAAAUCCAUUCCAAAUCUCUCCUCUAUCUCUCUACAACUUAAUUAGUCAUCAGUAAUUAUUUUAUUGGGCAUAGUUAAUUAAUCAUGGGAAACUACGCCUCAUGUACUCUCUCAGGCCCUGGUGGGAGGCACAUAUGCAAAGCUGCCAAAGUAAUCUUCCCCGGCGGCGAAAUCCGACGCUUCGACGGUCCAGUAAAGGCCGCGGAGCUAAUGCUUGAGACGCCAAGCUUCUUCGUCGUCAAUGUGCGCUCCAUGCAGCUAGGCAAGCGGUUUUCGCCGCUCAAUGCCGACGAAGACCUCGAGCUGGCUAGCGUCUACAUCAUGUUUCCCAUGAAGAGAGUCAAUUCCGCUGUCACCGCCGCGGACAUGGGAGCUAUUUUCCUCGCUGCUAACUCUGUUGCCAGCAAGCGCCGUGGCGGCGGAGGUGGAAGUGGCCGGAAGAAUACUAGGGUUUUGCCGUCGGAGGAGUCCUCCGGUGAGAACUGGCCGAGAUAUGAGAAGGAGGAGGAAGAGGAGGAACGGGUUGCGGUGGCACCCAGGCCGAAGUUGAAUUUGGAUGAUAUAGAGGAUUUCUCUGCGCCGGAGUUCCUGCAUAGGGUAUCCCUGAGUAGGUCUAAGAAGCCAUUGUUGGAAACUAUAGCUGAAGAACCAGUUUUUUCAAGAUAAUGAUCAAUUAGUAAAAACCUCGUUUUUUCUUUUCUUUCUAAUUUUAAUUUCCAUUUCAUAUCUUACUACACUUUGUAGUAAAUUACUAACUAAUUUAAGUGUACAUUAAUAUAUGCAUAAAUUAUAUACAUAUCUUUAUAUAUAUGUAAGUGUUGGAAGUCUCUAACGAAACAAAGAAAAAAUGGUGUUAGGAAGUCUGGAGAUGGAUAUAUAUUAUAUAUAUGUAAAUGUUAGACAAUAUUAAUGUCAAUAUAUUGAUAUAUUUAUAUAUAUUUAUAUGUAUGUAUGUAUGGUAAAUUUGAUUUGAUACUAAUUCUGUACUCAAUAAAUUAGGUUUGAGUGAUUCAAUCGAUUGAAUAAGGACAGGUUCAUAUGGAUAAAGGUCCUCCUGCAUGUGAUUUUCCGCCUCUCCUUUCUUUAUUAUUAUUAAUUAAUUACAC